AGUUUGCGGAAGUAUGAGGACGCUCAUGUGUUUUGAACCCUUUGAAGCGUUUAACAGUAAAUAAAUACAUUUUCGUAGAUUUCUUGUUGGCCUGCGUGUUAAAUAUAACAUUUCUUAUAUUGUGUGCAGAUUUUUAAAUAUUUAUAAAAGCUUAAAUUAUGUCUAAAUCAAGUAGAUCGGAACCCAAAGAAAGCGACUCGAAACCGCUGCCUAUUUAUCAUCAUAAGUCUAAACUGAUUCGAGCUGUAAAGGAUAGUACAUUUUUAGUUGUAACAGGAGAGACUGGCUGCGGGAAAACCACACAACUUCCUCAAUAUCUCCACGAAGCAGGAUUUUGUAAAAAUGGAAAAAUUGGGAUCACUCAGCCUCGCCGUGUUGCAGCCAUCACAGUGGCUCAGAGAGUGGCUCAAGAGAUGGGGUACACAUUGGGAAAAGAAGUUGGCUAUCAGGUCCGCUUUGAUGAUUGCACAACUGAGGACACAGAGGUCAAAUACAUGACUGAUGGCUGUCUGCUCCGUGAGGUCCUGGCUGAUCCUGGACUUUCUCAGUACAGUGUUGUGAUCCUGGAUGAGGUUCAUGAGCGCAGCCUUAACACAGAUAUUUUGCUGGGCUUAUUAAAGAAGGUUUUUUCCAACCCUGAUAAGGCCAAUAUGGGUCGUCGCCUGCCGCUAAAGAUGGUGGUGAUGUCUGCCACAAUGGAAACUGAAAAACUCUCUGCCUUUCUUGGCAACUGUCCUGUUUUUGUUAUUCCAGGAAGGACAUUUCCUGUCAAAUGUUCUUUUGGCCUAGCUGUUGGGCCUAAAGACACAGAGAGCACCGGUUAUGUUAAAGAGGUUGUAAAGGUAGCUCUCGAUGUGCAUACCAGUGAAAUAGCUGGAGAUAUUCUAGUAUUUUUAACAGGUCAAAAUGAAAUUGAGCGAGCUUGUGACAUGCUCUAUGAGAAAGCAGAGAGUAUAGAUUAUCGCUAUGACGUACACGACCGGACAGUAGAGGGCCUUCUUAUUUUGCCUCUGUACGGCUCCAUGCCUACAGAUCAGCAAAGACAGAUUUUUCAGCCUCCGCCUCGAGGAAUCAGGAAAUGUGUUGUAGCCACAAAUAUAGCAGCCACUUCUCUGACCAUUAAUGGUAUCAAGUAUAUCAUUGACAGUGGAUUUGUGAAACAACUUAAUCACAACUCAAGAGUCGGCUUGGACAUCUUGGAGGUGGUGCCUAUUUCAAAAAGUGAAGCGCAGCAGAGAGCCGGCCGUGCUGGAAGGACCUCAGCUGGAAAAUGCUUUCGAAUCUACACCAAAGAAUUCUGGGAAAAGUGUAUGCCUGAGUACACCAUUCCAGAGAUACAGAGGACCAGUCUCACUGCAGUGGUGCUCACCUUAAAAUGUCUUGGAGUCCAUGAUGUUAUCAGAUUCCCUUAUUUGGAUAGCCCAGAGGAACGAUUUAUCCUUGAGGCACUGAAACAACUGUAUCAGUUUGAUGCGAUUGACAGAAGAGGGCGGGUAACUAAACUUGGAGAAUUGAUGGUGGAGUUUCCGCUACAUCCAGGUCUGACCCGGGCGGUGCUUAAAGCUGCCUCUUAUGGAUGCCCAGACCUGAUGCUGCCAGUGGCUGCCAUGCUUUCGGUAGAGAACAUCUUCAUUCGACCAGGUCACCCUGAAAAGCAGAAAGAAGCAGACCAGAGACACCGAGAGCUGGCUUCAAAAAGUGGAGGCAUGAAUGAUUUUGCUACACUUUUGAGUAUUUUCCAAAUGUGUAAAUCCAGUGAAAAGCCAUCUGCCUGGUGCAAAGAAAAUUGGAUCCACUGGAGGGCGCUGAAGUCAGCCUUUAGUGUUGAGACACAGCUGAGAGAGAUCUUCCUCAGACUACAGCAGAGGAGUGAUUUUCCAGUUGAAUCAUUUGAUGGUAAUAAAAAUGAGCUCUUCAGACGAUGUCUAUGUGCAGGAUAUUUCACAAAUGUUGCCAGAAGGUCUGUUGGAAAAGCAUUCUGCACAAUGGACGGCCAUGGCUCCAUGGUUCACAUUCACCCAUCCUCAGCUUUGUUUGAAAAUGAGAAGGAUUUGGACUGGGUGAUGUUUUAUGACGUGUUGGUGACCUCUAAAGUCUACAUCAGGACAGUGUGCCCAAUCCGAUACGAGUGGGUCAAGGAUUUACUGCCAAAGCUUCACGAGGUGGAUGUUUAUGAACUCAGUAAUGUGGCACGAGAAGAAGUCACUGAGGAAGAAAUGGCCAAAUGGGAAAAUAAGGAAGCAGCAAAAAGACAACAAGAGGCAGCAGCUGAGGAAGCUAUGAAAAAGCUGGAGAAAAGAAAUGACGACGCUAGUGUCAGUGAUGCUCGUGCUCGAUACCUGCAGCGGAAGCAACAAAAACAGAGCAAAGCAAAAUAAAACAUUCUGUUUUUUUAUGUGUUCAAAUAAAAAUGAUACUUUCUUAUA